GCAAGAAAUAAAGACACCAGACAGAGGGAGACGCAGGCACAGGGGCACACUCGGAAAGCGAGGCUGGCAGCCCGGGAACCGAGAAACGGGCUGAGACAGACAAAGAGACGGGGAGAGAGACGGGAGAGAGACGGGUCACGGUGUCCGAGAGACCAGAGGCAGCAAGACAGGGAGCGAGACACAAGCCGAGAGCCCCGAGAGCGGAAGGACCAGCUGAAAGGGAGCCCGAGAGGAGGCGAGAGCCGGGGGGCGCGUGCCAGCUGGCGGGAUGGAGGGCCGCCUGGCAUGGGCCAUGUAGCGGCAGCAGGUUGCCGAGCUGGGUGGGCAGAGCAAAGCCGGUGCCUCCGCGGGGGUGAGGGGGCAUGGGAGGGGCAGGCAUGCUGCUGCUGCUGCUGCUGCUGGCCGGGGCGACCGCCUGGAGACCCCCGAAGGGGAAGUGUCCUCCGAGCUGCUCCUGCUCCAAGGACAGUGCCCUGUGCGAGGGGUCCCCAGACCUGCCAGAGAGCUUCUCCCCAACUCUGCUGUCACUGAGUGGCUCUGGCAUGGGUUCUGGUGGCUUGCUCCCAGCCACCCCUGCGUGUGUCCCCAGCUCGCUGGUCAGGACUGGAGUCACCCAGCUGAAGGCCGGUGGCUUCCUGAAGCUGCACUCGCUGCACCUGCUCCUCUUCACAUCCAACUCCUUCUCCGUGAUCGAGGACGAUGCAUUUGCCGGCUUGUCCCACCUGCAGUACCUCUUCAUCGAGGACAAUAAGAUUGGCUCCAUCUCUAAGAACGCCCUCCGAGGACUGCGCUCUCUCACACACCUGAGCCUGGCCAAUAACCAUCUCGAGACCCUCCCCAGGUUCCUGUUCCGAGGCCUGGAGACCCUGACUCACGUGGACCUCCGAGGGAACCCGUUCCAGUGUGACUGCCGUGUCCUCUGGCUGCUGCAGUGGCUGCCCACCGUGAAUGCCAGCGUGGGCACAGGGGCCUGUGCCGGCCCAGCUGCCCUGGCCCACAUGCAGCUUCACCACCUGGACCCCAAGAUAUUCAAGUGCAGAGCCAUAGAGCUGUCCUGGUUCCAGACUGUUGGGGAGUCUGCGCUGGAUGCGGAGUCUUUCUCCUACCAGGGGGAGCCCUACAUGGUCGUGGCCCAGCCCUUCGCGGGCCGCUGCCUGAUCCUCGCCUGGGACUACAGCCUGCAGCGCUUCCGGCCUGAGGAGGAGCUGCCCGCGCCCUCGGUGGUGUCCUGCCAGCCCCUGGUGCUGGGCCCCAGCCUCUUCGUGCUGGCCGCCCGGCUGUGGGGAGGCUCACAGCUGUGGGCGCGGCCCCGCCCCGGCCUGCGCCUGGCCGCCACGCAGACGCUGGCCCCCAGGCAGCUGCUGCGGCCCAACGACGCCGAGCUGCUGUGGCUGGACGGGCAGCCCUGCUUCGUGGUGGCCGACGCGUCCAAGGCGGGCAGCACCACACUGCUGUGCCGCGAGGGCCCCGGCUUCUACCCGCGCCAGAGCCUGCACGCCUGGCACCGAGACACGGACGCCGAGCCCCUGGAGCUGGACGGCCGGCCCCACCUGCUGCUGGCCUCGGCCUCGCAGCGCCCCGUGCUCUUCCAGUGGGUGGGGGGCCGCUUCGAGAGGCGCACCGACAUCCCCGAGGCCGAGGACGUCUAUGCCACCCACCACUUCCAGGCGGCCGGGGACGUGUUCCUGUGCCUGACGCGCUACAUCGGGGACUCCAUGGUCAUGCGCUGGGACGGCUCCAUGUUCCGCCCCCUGCAGCAACUCCGGUCCCGUGGCACCCACGUCUUCCAGCCGCUGCUCAUCGCCCGGGACCAGCUGGCUAUUCUGGGCAGUGACUUCGCCUUCAGCCGGGUCUACCGCCUGGAGCCCGACAAGGGCCUCCUAGAACCGCUGCAGGAGCUGGGGCCUCCGGCCCUGGUGGCCCCCCGAGCAUUCGCCCACAUUGCAGUGGCGGGCAGACGCUUCCUCUUUGCUGCUUGCUUCAAGGGCCCCACACAGAUCUACCAGCACCACGAGUUAGAUCUCAGCGCCUGAGACCAGCGGGGACCCUGGGCGUAGCGGGCACGGGGCUGGCAGGGAGGCCUGGGUCUCUGCUUGCCUCCUUAACUGCCGCCUGACCCAGAGCCAUGGUGACAGGUGGUUGGGCGAGAUACUGGCCACUGGACAAGCCCCAGACAAGAACGUCCCUUCCGCUCUUAAGCAACAUCUUGGCUGGAGCAGAUGUCCCCACCAAGGGUGACUCAGGCUGGGACACCGUCCAGUGCCCAGAUGCACAAGUCACGGGGGUGUGUGAUGCACAGAGGUCUGGAAGCUCCCGUCUCCCCUCUCUACACUCCCUCCGCCCCUCCUGUCCCUCCUCCCUGCCCCCCACCCCCACCCCAUCACCCCACCUCGGUCCCACCACCCACUGGGUCAGCUCCUUCCCCUCUGGCUUGCAAUGAAAAUACUGAGCAGAGACAAUUCCUUGCUCCAGCCGGGCCAAUCGCUUUCGGUGCCGCCCCAUGACGUCACCAGUGGCUGGGCCGGUUUCCCAGUGCGGGGAGGAUGCUUUGUGCGCAUGCGUGCCUGGUGCACAGGCUCUGGGGACCCUUCCUUUCCUCCCGCGAGGCGAUUGUGCAAGGGACGAGGCAAGAAAAGCGCAUGUGUUGUGAGGAGCCCACGGAUGGCUGGGCCGCGGCUGAGAGUGUCUUGAGUUCAAUAAAGGAGCCAGCCGCCCGCU